AUGGUAGCGGGCCGUAUACCCAAGGACCUCCUCUACGGCGAGCUCGUGGAAGGCCGAUGGAAAACGGGACGCAUAAAACUGCGCUUCAGGGAUAUCUCCAUGUGGGAUUUAAAACAGUGCCGCAUCAAAUCAUCCUCGUCGGAGACCCAAGCAGCUGACCGCCAGGGCUGGAUGCUCGCUGUCGGGCAGGCCGUGUCCUACGCUGAGGUCGAGCGCCGCGAUGGCGACUCUCAGGGGGAAUUUCAGACGGAAACGACGGUCGACGCAUCCGCGACAGCUAUCUACCUUCACUUAUCAGCCAGACGGCGCACAGUCUCUCAGUCACCCGGACUGCCGGGUCCCGCCAGUCCAUGUCGCCGCCCCAGUCAGUCACCAACGCUGCGCCGUCGUGAUAACACGUGCGGCCUCAUGCAGCAGUCCAUAGAAGAUUUACAAUACAAGUUAAAGCAGUGUUUAGAUAGUUCAUACAAUGUUAUCGACAUGGGCACUCUGUUGGCCAUCAUUGCUGAGUUGGCGAAGACUCCUAUCACACGAGACAUUCUUGAGCGAACCCGAAUAGGCCGAGAGAUCAAGUGCAUCAGGAGACAAAAUGAGGAUCCAGAACUCAACAAAAGAGCAAAGAAUUUGGUGCGUGAGUGGCGGCGUAUUGUUGAGGCUGAAGAACGCCCAUUGUCUCAGCCCUCUGCAGUAGGUCACCCAAGCAAUGGGAGUAACGGUCACAUUCUGCCGGCUCCCACGAACACGCCUGUUGCAUUGUCCGGUUGUCCUCCAGCCGUGUCAAGUAGUGGUCGUAACUCCCCUGAGAUAGAAGUACUACAUAACAACACAGCAGUCACCGCGCCAUCGUCACGUUUGCUUGCUAGUGGUAGCAAAGGCCGUGCAAGUGCAACACCUGCGGUCAGUACGCAUCACCAUCAGCGGAACCACACAAAACCUGUGUACCCCCCUCUCUCUCCCGUUACCUCUCGCACCGCCCCGGCAUCACCUGCUCUUCCUAGGCCUUCAAGAGGUCCAUCUCGCCACUCUGCACCUACAUCUCCUGUUUGUAAUUCCCAGAAUGGUACGUCUUUCCCCUCUUCACCUAGUGACACCCAUGUACACUUGGGGGCUCCAUCUCCAGUAUCUCCGGCUUCAUCAAGAGCAAUGGACAGUGCUAUGUCUAUGCCCCUGUCCUCUAGACCAGUGGAUCCUCAUAGAGCUGUGUCGCGGUCGGGUAAUGCAUCGUCACACAGACAUGUAGCAAAUAAGCGCCUUAGAAAAUGCAGUGAAGAUGAUGAUGAGGUAACUGAAGUUUUGGAGUUGGACGAGGAGGGGCCUCCCAUCAAACGCCAGCGAGUUACUCCCAUGACUAAUGGCAAUAUUGUUGACGUUGAAGAUGUCAACAGUGUUGGGAGCAGCGCCAGCAGCUAUUGUGAGGUCAUAGAGGAUGAUAUCGUUGUUGAAACUAUAACUCCUAUUAGUACUCCUAGAUGGUCUAAUUUAGAGCUAAAAAAUCGCCAAAGUGGGGCAUCUUCAUCUAAUAAUUUAAGAUUUAGUCUUAGUCCAAAUACUAAAGACGUUAAGUCGCCUUCAAGAAGAGGCCGCUCAAAUAGCAGCAGUAGAAAAGGUACUCCUGGUUUGGUCACCAAGCUUCCUGCUGCUUCCGAUGCUUCUUUGCUUCCGGGAGCACCUCGGGGCUCUUCUUCCCGUAACAGUGCCUCCAAAUCUCCUGUCGGUACCGAGGACGGCAGUAGUGCUGACACGGCACUCCUACCUAACUGUGUCGGAGAUGUAACAACCCUUAAUAAGACCUCUGGUAGAACUGUUAGAGGAAGAGGCAGACGAAAAUCUAUCAAUUCUAGACCGUCUCUGCCCGAUAUCAAGUUACCUACAUCUUCGAGUAAAGUCAAAACAACUUCCCAGCUUGUUGCUGAAUUGGCCCAAAGGAAAGGUGAUUCAUUGUUAGCAGAGAGAGCUUCUAAAUUAGAAGAACAACUAAAAUCAAAUGACGAAAUGACUCGAAAUAAAAUGAAUCACGUUUACCGCUAUGUCCAAUCACUUCCAAGUCCCCCCGAUCCCAACAAUUCCUCAGCGCCGAUCGUGCUGGUACCCACUCCUUCCCCGCCUGCAGAACGGCUACCUGCCUCACCUCAUCCUAGUGAUCAACCCAUCAUAAUUUCUCCUGAGCCUGAACUGCUUGGAGCUCCGAGACAGCCAGCUGAUGAAACCGAAGUCCCGCUUUCUGUGCUUGACUCUUUGGGCGUCACUGGUGCCGAGGAUGAUAUAGAACUGCUUGCUAAGUUACCGCCGAUCGACUUCGAAGAAGCCUUAGAAGUACAGAAAUAUGAAGAUCAGCUCGACAAUCUCGAAUAUAGACACACAGAAUAUGGAGCGAAGACUCUAAAGGAUUUGCAUAUGGUUGAUGAGGAUGAAGAAAUUGAUCAUCAGCCCUCUUCUUCUUUGAAUUCGACGACGUGCGCGGCUCUGGAGCGCUUACACUGCAAUGAAGUGCCUGGCGUCAAUGGCACCUUAGACAGCGAGUCGAGUUUCCGUCAGUGGCACGAGGUCGUCGAGCAACAGUCAUACCUCGGCCAGCCUUUGCACAUGCUGCCUUAUGUUCUCUUGGACUUCUGACCGUACUUAUGCGCUCACUGGGCAAUUUUUCUCCGUUGAUACCCUGCUAUUUGAUACAUAAAUGACGUAAGAUGCUUCCUGGUGAGCUUCUGCUCCACUUAUGACGAUUAUUUCUGCUUGUCCAAAGCACGAGCCGAAUACAUUUUUUGAUGGCAAGAGGCACAAGCCAAUUAGAGCUUCGCUGUAGUUCAGUUUACUCAUAUUGAAUAUUUCUGGCUACUGUUGUCGUGAAACGCUUCUGGGACGAUCUGCAUGUUGUUAACUAUUUCAAAUCGCUCAGAUGAUCUGUGGAUAUCUUUUUAUCAGGGUCGGAGGUCGGAAACUGGGAAUGAAGUUGUCCGUUAAAUAACACUUAGACUAAGUAUUUUUUUAUUGUUUUCAUCUCCCGGUGUGCAGGUUGAACGAAGUUGUAUUAGAAAUGCUCCAGUACAACUUCGAAUACUUUUUGUACAGAUUGGGGAUCGCGAAGAUGCUUCGCAAAAUUUGAUUUCUUAAUACGCUUUUGCGUGGAAUUACUUGUGUAGACGUGCAAGAGGUUGAAACAGUCUUAGUUGAUAGUGGGUGCCUUCAAAUCGGUUCCCGUUGGUUGCUCCCUAUUUUCCCGGAGCGAUGUCUUGUGUUGGGAGGAUUUUCUAGGUUUGUUCAGAAGAACGUCUCAUACUUCUUCUGAUACUUGAGGAUAUUGCUUCACUCAGUACCAAGAGUCAUGCUUUUUUUCCUUUUUUAAAGAAUUCGGGCCAAGUCAACGUUCUGAUUAAGGAAACUGAUGAGAACUGCUGUAUCGACACUAAUUCACUUAAACGUUCUUCCGAUGUUGUCUGUUGAAAUGAAGAAGGUUUGAAAUAAUUACAAUGUUGUUAGGAAUGUUUUUUCUUGUUAGUGUUUCAAGUUGUAGAUGAAAGAAACUGUUAAACUCGUUGUCUCGUUUAUUCCAUCUUAAUUACGUUUAAAUUUAAUUCUUCAUUAGUAAUCCGACUUUUUCUCGAUUGUUUUGUGUUUUCAGAGCUACCGUGUUGGAUUUGAACCAGACUGAAUAUCGACCUCAGUUGGACGUUUUAUUUUGCUGUUUCACAAGAAACUCCAAAUUUUAGCAACAGCUAUUUGUUUCUAGGUUUAUUCAUGAUAGAUCUAAUUUGGUAUGGUGGCACACGCUGUUAGAUUCGAGACCUGUGAUAGAUGCUAUUGAAUCGAAGGGAAGUAUCAAGAUAACUGAAACCCUUGGCAAGAUCGAGUCAUUAGACACCUCCAACCGUAGGAUGGAACCGAAUGUGCAAGCAAUUGCUUUGACAUGUUAGUAAAAUAAUUGCGAUUGUGUUGUUCGUUCAUCUAUGGGUUGGUCCCUUCUCAUAUCAUCUGCGCAACUGCGAGAGAUGAUCUUAAUGAUAACAAAGCAGUUUGUUUAAGCUGAUUUUGAAUUUGUUGUUUUGCUGCACUUUGGCUUUUGAGACAAAUCCAAGUAUUCCCUUCUCGUCGCAUUUUUCAUACUACCUGGAAUAUCAAUCACAUCGUUUCUUUCUUUUGUUUGGGUUUCAAAUCGUGUGGUCGAUUAGAGCUCUCAUAUUUUAUUCAAGUCAUGUUUACCUAGGCAAUUUUUUGAAUUGUGAAUGCCAAUAUUGCACACAAUUCUAUUCAGUAGAGCUCUAUCUUGGAGAGCGAGUUGUGAAAAUGUUUGUAUGGACAUAAAUUUCCGUGACGAAUCACUUCUUGUACUGACAUUUUUUUUUCUUGCAUAUCUCCCUAUGCCUUUAAACAUAUCUAGCGUUGAUCUGGCGUCUUCUUUUCAUACUUUUUCUGAAGUUACAUAUAUCUUUGAGCGUCUGUGCGGAGAAUCUUACACUUUACCGAUGCUAUUAGCGUCCAAACUUGCUGUCAGUUCGAACGUCUUGGUUUUGUGUUUUUAUUCAGGAAUGGAAAUGUGGCUAUGAUGAUGAAGUAAUCUUGCAUAUUGGCGAAUGGUAAUACCCUAUGAACUCCUAUAACAAGUUAUGCUGCUUAUCUUUAGCUGGUGUGUCAGUAGUGUCAGUAAAUUUUAGCAUGCAAAGCAACAAGUAACAUCGCUACUGUGGCAAUCCUUAACUUCCAUCCGUACUGGAUGAGAUUUAUAUCAUUAGCUGAACUAAAGAAAUUCUCGUGGCCUGAAUCUGCGCAUAAAUAAACCUCGCGCUAUUGCUAAAUGUUGAAGUAUAUCUCAAUUAUUCAUCACCGCUCGAUUUAUUUGUAAUGUU